UCAAUUAAAAUAGCAAACGGCCCAAGCAAAGCCAAACAAAGCAAAGGCCUGAAGGCAAGUUGAUCCCUGCUGCACUCACGCCGGUAGUCGAUUGUCACAUCGCCGGAAAGCUCGGAAUCGGCAGAAUCGCCGGUCGUCCUGCGAAUAGUAUUUCGCAGUCCCGUUUGCCUACUGCCCCGUGUUCCUGUGCCCCUCGCCCGCUACGCAGUCCCUCGGGCUGCCCCCUCCGGCCUGUACCCCUGCCUGCUCGCUAAGUCGCUCAUCUUCCGAUUUCAGCAGAGGGCAUUUGCUAUGGAUUUGGCAACCGAAAAUAAAAUUGCUGCAAUUCUCUUAAAAGAAGCUGCAGAGUUAAGGCGGCAAGCUGAUAAAGAGGGUGCACUUGCUUAUCUUUGCAAACCUACGGUUAGGGGGCGCCCUAAUUCAAGAUUUCUUACCGCAACUGUGCUUGGCAUACAACAAGCCAAUCGAGCCGUUGAAGUAGAUGAGAUGUGGAGAUUAAGACAGAAAGAGUUGGAUAUUGAGAGUCGGAACAAACGUAGAUCGGAUAAUGAGAAUAGUUGUGCAAAGAAUCAAAGAGGUGAUGCAGAAUCUAGGGUCAACGAUAAGAAGCACAAUGAUGGUGGCUCUGUUUCAAGUGCUUCAUGCUCGUUUAAAAAGAGACACACCGAGGAUUACUACUCAUGGGAGGAGGAAGGAUUGCGGGAUGAUGAAGUUGAUGAUUUUUUACAUUCAAGAGCUAAGCGGGGAAGGGGGACAAUUGGAUCUCACAUGGAUGAAACUGGCCCUUACCCGUGUUCAGACUAUGAAGUGAAAUCAUUGGCAGGCCUUGAGUUCAGAGGCCAUUCUAUUGUCCACUCAGAAAGACCUCUAUGGCUGAACUCCUCAAAAUCUUCAGAUGGUGAUGAUGUUACGGUAAAAAUAUCAAAGAAGGUCAGACGAGACAAAUGGCAUUGUGGGAAACAUAAAUCUAAGAGCAAAUCAAGAGAGAAGGAUGAAAAGAGAGAUUCAAAGAGACACAAGUCCCACAAGUAAGACGAUUUGAAGAUGUUUAAAUCUUCGGCCAAGGUCAUUCAUUUAUGUUAUGGACAUGAUAUGGCAUAACCCCUUUGCCCCUUCGCCACAUGAAUCAUAUUUGUAUGCUCUUGUUUGUGUAUAAACUAUUGUUAAUCUGUUGCAGAUAAAGUAGGAUGUAAUUUUCUUUUACUUGUGGCAGAGAUGUGAUUCCAUGUUCUUGGGGGUAGCUAAAGCCUACACUCCUAGUCUCCUUCCUGUUUCUUUAAUGCCCUAUUUCGGAUGGGGUUUUUUCUUUAGGUGAUUGGGGGGGUUAAACGAUUGGAAGAUCAGUAUUGAUGGUCUUUAAAGACUUGAGAGCAUGUUACCAAUGUUUAUUAUGUGUAUUUUCU